CAUUUGUCCUCUCACAAUAGUUUAUUCUAAUCAGAAUAGUUUAUUCUAAUAAUAUAAGUAAAACAACACAAAAAUCGUACAAGUUUGGAACUACAUCACAUUGAAGAAACGAUGACAUAAUUCUGGUGUUUAGGCGAACUACCCCUUUAAGUUGCUAGUAAAAAUGACAUACAGUCGGUGGUUGUGAAUAGUCGGGCUCGGUAAAUAAGGGUCCAUGAAGGGAUGACGUCAGAGGUGGAGAUGUCAUGGCGUCGUCGGAGCUGAGACUGGAGCUUGCCAUCUAGUUAAAGGUUGUCGUCGAUGCGUUCAGCGAAAUGGAGAAGAAUGCAAACCCUCAUCGAGACGCAGGAGGAAGUGUCCUGUGCACCGCUAUUCCCGCGGAGCCUGCAGAUAUCAAAACAGCCGGCGGAAUGAAAGAUGUCUGCGAGAAGAGAGAGACUUUGAGUACUUGUGCAAGUGCUAGCGGUGCUAAUGCUACACCCUGCACACAGACAUCAGAUGCUGCUGAGACGGUGAGCAAAACCACACACGGUAAAACCAGCGUUUUACCGGAGACACUGUCGCCCGAUGCGGCCGAUCAGCUGAGCAACGGAAUGGGAUACGAGUCGCCGGUGACCGCUGCUGGGAAUAAGGAGGGUGGCACCUCAAAGUUAGUAAACAACCUCACGGGAGAGAAACCCGACAUCAAUAAUGUGCAAGCGGACGGUUUAGACGGAGAAGCGACGAAGGUGUCCAAGCCUGCUUAUUUGUGUCCGGACAAAGCAAAAUCUGCGAGCCCUAAUUCAAACGAUCACACCGUUUCCGAGGGUCCCCCGAGUGGGAGUGAGCCCAGCAUCGCGGGAGAGUCCCGCAGCUUUGAUUCACUCGAGUCCUUCUCCAACCUGAACUCCUGUCCGAGUUCAGACCUCAACAGUGAAGGACUGGAGGAGAAGGGACUGGCUUUGGCUAUUCAGAGUGAAUACGGGGCCGAGGGGACGAAAAUCCCCUGUCCCAAAGACAGGGUGACCGGUCAGUCGUUUUACCAAAUUAAGUGGAUAAAGUGGAAGGAGGAGAACACUCCGAUCAUCACACAGAACGAGAACGGGCCGUGCCCGCUGCUGGCUAUCAUGAAUGUCCUGCUAUUGUCAUGGAAGGUUAAGCUGCCACCAAUGAUGGAAAUGAUAACGGCAGAGCAGCUGAUGGAAUAUCUGGGAGACUAUAUCCUUGAAGCCAAGCCAAAAGAGAUCUCAGAGGCUCAGCGGUUGAACUACGAACAGAAUAUGAGUGACGCUAUGGCAGUACUGCACAAGCUGCAGACAGGUCUGGAUGUAAACGUCAAGUUCACAGGUGUGCGGGUAUUUGAAUACACACCUGAGUGCAUCGUAUUCGACCUGCUGGAUAUCCCACUGUACCACGGAUGGCUGGUUGACCCACAGAUGGCUGAUAUAGUGAAGGCAGUGGGGAACUGCAGCUAUAACCAGUUGGUGGAGAAGAUAAUCAGCUGUAAGCAGUCAGACAGCAGCGAGCUGGCCGGUGAAGGCUUUGUGGCAGAGCAGUUUCUGAACAGCACAGCGACUCAGCUCACGUACCACGGCCUGUGUGAGCUCACCUCCACAGUACAGGAGGGAGAGCUGUGUGUCUUCUUCAGGAACAAUCACUUCAGCACCAUGACCAAAUUUAAGGCCCAGCUGUAUCUGCUGGUGACGGAUCAGGGGUUUCUCACUGAGGAGAAGGUGGUUUGGGAAAGUUUACAUAAUGUUGACGGAGAUGGAAAUUUCUGCGAUUCGGAGUUCCAUCUGAGGCCGCCCUCUGACCCAGAAACGGUGUACCGUGGUCAGCAGGACCAGAUCGAUCAGGACUACCUGAUGGCGUUGUCUCUGCAGCAGGAGCAGCAGGCCUCAGACCUGGGUUGGGAACAGAUCCCAGAAGGCAUCAGUGAUCUAGAGCUGGCCAAGAAGCUGCAGGAGGAAGAGGACCGCAGAGCAUCACAGUACUAUCAGGAGCAGGAGCAGGCACAGGCCGCGGCGGCAGCAGCUGCACAGGCACAGGGACAGCCAGCAGCAGCGGGUGCAGACCAGGUGGACAGAGCGGCAGCUGCUGGAGCCUCAGCAGGGGGAGCUGCAGCUUCCCCGAGCCCAGGAAAACAGCCCUCUACAGGCGAACGCAAACCCAAGAAGGAAGCCAAGGACAAAGACAAAUGCAUCUUGUUGUAACAGCAGUGGACCGUGUAGAGUGCGAAACGGGCAGCAGUUUAAUUCCAGUGGCUCUGCAAUGCAUCUCCCAGCGUGAAGUGGAAAGAGCACGGGCGACCGAUGGAGAUGAAGCAUGACGGACGGAGAGGACUUGCCAUUCUCAAGCCACUUGUGCCUGACUUUAACCCUCGGCGUUCUGAAGAUGCAGACAAGCAGAGAGGGGUGUCACUACAAGGACUAUCACUACAUCUUACAUAGAGCUGGCCAAAUGAUCUCAGCAGGAAAACCACUGCAGUGCACUAUAUUUGUGUGGGGUCACCAGGGAGGGUGGAUUUAUUAUUUUUUAUUUUGUUUUGUUUUUUUGUAGUAAAACAAGGUAAUGUACACAUAGCACUAUUCAAAAACUACCCCACCGCUCAAAAAAGAAAAAAAAGUGUUUUUGUUUCUCAUUAUACAAAGCAUUUUCUUUUUUGUUUGUGGAUUUCCGUUACUGCUGUUGUUUAUAAGCUAUUUUAUACCAAUUUACCCGUAUAUAUGCCUAUGUAGAUUCGUUUUAUUGGUCAGUUUCUGUUUGACAGAAGGAUACCUGAGAUCUUUUACUGAAAGGCCGUUCACAUGAGUAGGUAGCAAGCAAACAGGUCUCUUGGCAAAGGUAAUGUCUCAGGACAUGAUGUAGGCCACCAUAGCCUGGCAGUUUGAUGCCAAAUUUCACAUUGUUGAUAUUGUAGGAGCCGUGAUCUCCACAGAUGCUUUCAGAAAUGUUUUCCUAUUUAGGAAGUUGCUAUUCCAUUUGGUUACAUAGUCGUGUCUACGAAAGGAUAGUUUUUGCUAACAGGAUAUUUACUGGGAAUAUCAGCGAACAACUGACACUACCCUUAAUGUACAUAGCUUUAAUGGAAGGCAUAGAAAAUAUGUGGUCAUUUUUUGUUGUUGUUUUGCCCAACCACUUUUAACUUUCAGCCAAAAUCCUGGUUCAUAUUUGCCUUAUAAAAUGUAAUAUGGGUAGGAGAGUCAUCCAUGAACUCAGUGAACUACAAUGUUAUUGCCCCAAACCCUGAAUGAUCCUGUAUGGUUUGUGUUUUCAUUAAGCCGGUGGUCAAACAAUAUAGGUUUUACAAAAGCCUGAAAUCUGAAGAGCAGGUGACACAUUUCUGUUAAUUGGCCAAGUGGAUCAUUAAGGAUGAUAAUCGGAAAAUGGCUAAACAUUUGCUGAAUAAUCGAGCGGGCCGAUAUGUCGGUCUGUCUCUGGCUUCAGCCUGAUUUUUCACUCUUGCGUGUACAUACUCGUAUAAAUGGAUGUAAGGUAGGAAAGGAUUCUCAAGCCCAUCCUGUUCCAGUGCUGCCUCCUGAGAGACAAGGUCUUCUAUCCAAACAUUCCAGCUAUAUGCCUUGAACUGAGCAUUGCGUUGAGCCUCAGAGAAACGCCAAUGUUGGGCUAUUUUUCCUGAUGUUCUGCUCUCACAAUGCAAGAAUGAACAACUCCUGCAUGUAGACAAGCUCGUGGUGGGGUAGUCGUUGGUCAGACAGAGUUGUUUUCUGGGAGCACUAGUAGAUGCAGUCAAAUGCUAGUCAGUUAUGGGCUCAAACUGUUGCUUUGACGUUUGGUCCCUCAGUGGCCAAUACUCUCUGUAUAUAAAAAGCCUUACAAUAUUUACAGUAUCUUUUAUACCGACAUAAAACAGGUGCGAGACAAGACUGAGACAAUCUGUAGACCUUACCAUAGACAGAAAACCGCACAGGCCUUCACAGAAGGAACAUAUCCAUGAGUGUCUUGCAAACAGUUUGAUGUGUAUUAGCUGCCUUGGUAACGGAUUAAGAUCUAAUGUACAACACAGGGUUUGACUGGAAAGACUCCCAUAGAAGUAUAACAAAAUGGCAUCAGUAUCCUUUGGUGUGCUGCAGUUAUAUCAUCUGCGAUUUGAAAUGCUCAAAGGCGAUUCGAUUCUGAUAGUAAUUCCAAUCAAAGAAACAUAUAAAUAACUGCAAUUCUAAACCACUCCACCCAUAUGAAAAUGAACCAAGGUUUAAUAAUAAAAGUGAAGAAACCAUGGCUUUUAGUGUUUGAUUACCACUGUUAAACAAAUUUAGUUAAACUAUGGUUUGUGUAGCAAUUCCAUGGUUAAUUUGUGGUUACCAUCGUUUAACAACAAUAAAACGUUUGUUUGUUUUUAGUAGUAAAAUUAUAGUUUUGCAAGGGCAGAUGCAUCUGCCAUAAUGGAAUGGUCAGUGCGUUAUCACUCACGGUAAAAAUAAAGACAAUUUUUCUUAAGUCCCAUGAACUGGAAGCUGCAACCAUUAUUUUUUUCAUUUUGGGAUGCAAUGCCUAGAGAAACUGAAUAUUAAAUGACACAACAGUGACCGUGGCUUUUUUUUCCCUACAAGUAGAUAUUUAAUUCUGUUGUAAAGUAGGCAUUUCAUUCAGAAAGAUGGGGAAAUGGGUUUGAAGAGAGAAAUUACAACCUAACAGACUUCUCCUGCCAUUUCUGUUUGUUGUCAAAACUGACAGUUGCAGCAGCUGGUUAAAUAUGUAAGCCAUGCCCAUUUGCUAAUCUGACAUAUUAAAUGGAAAAAAAAACAGCAGGUGCUUUUACAAAUUUCAAUUAAAGAUUAGAAGGGAAAACUUUUUUUCUUUAAUGAAUGCACAGAUGAAUUGUUCAUCACAAAACUAUAAAUGUGAGCCAACUAAAUCAUAUUGUUAGUUUUGAUUUCUUGGGGACUUUAAGAUGCUACAAAAUUGCCCAGGUGAGGUUCAAAUUCCUAAAGACAUCCUUAAACAGAUGACAAUAUAGUGAGUUGUAUUUAUGUAUUUAACAGGCUUUUAAGUUCUGUAAACUUUUUUAUGUCAUGUUAAAGCCUUUGUCUUGUAUUGUGAUGUACUGGUAACCCCAAAUUCACCAUGGUUUUGCUACUUUAACCAUAAAUUAACCGUGAUAUUUGUUGUAAAUCUACACAAAGAAUAGCCAAUGCCUCAGAAAUACAUUUACUAUUCUGAGUAAAACCGCGGGUGUUUUUUUGUUGAUUUGCACAGAUUGGAUUUGACCGUUUCAAUAUGGCGGACGCGCUGUAGCGGCCCAGAAGAUAAUAAAGCCUAUUUAUUUCUGUAAUUAAAGCGAUAUUGUUCCUCUGUGUCUUUAUCGUAGCUAUAGUGUGGUCUCAGUUAUUCUACGAGACUUUUCCGUUGUUCUAACACCGCUUGUAAGAAACUUUGGGUAGAGGAAAUUUUCACACUGAGUUUUGAAGCAUUGUCAACCCGCUGCGUAGUAUUUUCAGCGUCUGAAAGGAAAAAAUCAGUCAAGUAAAGUGAAGAGUUAAGGAUUCAUUCUUACCUAUAGUACGACACCAUUCACAAAAUGAUUCCCAACACUAGAGCAUUGACAUAAACCGGCCAAGUGUCGUAUUUGUCCAACUGACAGCAAACGCCUCCAAAGUGUAGAUUGUAACCGUCAUCGUCAUCAAAUGUCCCAGCACGAGCAGUUUGAAAAGUAAAACACGACAAACAGGGAAUAUCUCGUGAUUAUUUCCCUUGUGAAAAGCCUUGAAGAAAGGUCAUUCUUAUAAAAACGUUAGUUUUCAAACCCCAGAAACAGGGAUUUUAAGAGAAACCAUGACUAUUGUUUAGAAAAUGUUACCCAAGGUGAAGUAGCUUACCUCGUUUUGCCUGAGUUUUAUUGUUCCCUAUAGUGUAUUAGCGUCCGUACUAUCAUUUCACACUACACAAACUGUAGAUUUACAUGUCAGAGAGCUUCCAUCCCCUCUGCGAAGAGUGUCAUACAGUAGGAAGCACAAGUUAGUCAGUUCAGAGUUGGCAGAGUGAUUCAAACCAUUUGUAAAGGGGUUAAAGUAGAUAUUUUGUACCUGUAACUGACAAAACAUUCAGAUCUUAACCACACAAGCAAACUGGUGAAAUUUAUUCAUCAAGUCAUUUACGUGUCAUGUUUACAGGUCAGGUUUAGUAUGAACAUUCUAAUGUGCUUUUGAUCAUGAAGGAGUGAUUAUAAUGUGUAUCCACUGUGCUUUAGCUUGUUUGUAUUGGUUGCCAAUUAUUUCAUUCUUUUGUAAUGUGCUUUGGCUUAAACCAUUUGCAUCUAAAAUGAUCCUGUUAAUUUUAAAUGUGUUAAAUGUCACAGGUGUAUAUAUAUAUACACAGACACACACACGUUAGUGGGAUAAAUAGAUACAUCUAAAGGAGUGGUGUAUAAAAUAGUUUGUGAGUGCAAGCUUCAUAAAUUGGAGAACAUAAGUCCCAUUAUUAAACACUUGUGCAUUUAGCUAAAGCUAUUUUGACCCCCCCAAAUAAUGCAAGUACAUAUUCUAAGGCCUUGUCUGCUUGGUUGGCUAUUAGUGUGCAGCACCCAUUGAAGCUCUGUUGAGUUUGAGUUAUGUAAGCACUGUUACAUUGAAUGCACUAGAUGAGAAUAUACCUCUUUUUAUAAAAACAAAUGAAUCACCCAGUUUGUCUGGUUACAUUUGAACCUGAUUUGUAACAGCCAAUAAAUAGUGUUUCGCAAUAAGGCUUACCUUUAUGAAGCUGCAAGAAGAACUGAAAUAACUUUCUAAUGUUUGAGGUAAAUGCUGACAUUCAGUUGUUUGUUUUUUGCCCUGCUUUCAAAUAGGAAAUGUUUGCAAGACUUCUCAUGAAUAUAAUUUGACGUUUGACAUCUUCGUGCCAUCAAAGGAUGUGGGAAUGAAAGCAGCAAAUAAAGAUAGGGCUACCAAGGAGGAUUUCAACUAAUGACUGGGAAAGUUAAUCAUUUUCUUGCUAUUAAAAUGCCACACAUUAUAUGCUUUUCUGCCCAUGAUGGUAACUGGAAAGGUUUCUCUUGCUGCAUUGAUUAUACUGGCUGAGUUCAAGAUGGAAAUGCAAUUGUGAUGCAUGUUUAACAGAUGAAUACAUGUACUCCUAAAUCAGUUUAAGGAACAGCCCCAUUUACAGUUUCUAUUUUAUAUCCUUUAUACGUGUAUAUUUACACAAAACAUUUUAACUUAGCAAAAAGACAAAAAAUUCUGGAUAUUAUAAGGGUCAACCUUUCAUUGUGUGUAAGGUUCAUUAAUGACCAAAAAGAUUGAUGUAGCCCACCAGUGUCAAAAAGUAGAUGGACAGUUUUUGUAACAAAUGCCUUAGACGAGAGACGAUACGUCUGAUUAAAGGAAAUCUGGUCAGUGA